UGACGAAGCUCGCCGGAAAUUCCCGAAGCCCCUCUUUUUCCUUCCUCUCCUUUCCCUGCUCUCCCUUUUCCUUUCACCCGGGUUCCCUAGGCCGUGAUUUUCCCCCUCCCCCUCCUUCCUUCCCCAUUUGAAAUCAAGAUGGAGGCUCGCGGCUGCCGCCGGCGCCCGUGAUCCCGGAGCUCCGCCGGCCCCCGCCCUCGCCCGCGCCUCGCCGCCGCCGCCGCGCGUCCGGCGCGCCGCUGCCCGCGCUCCGAGGCCGUGGGCCCCGCGCCUCCGCCCCGCGGCCAGCUCGCGUUCCCGGGCGGCGUCCUGGUCUAUGUGGGCGCGCUCCUCAGGCCGAGCCGCCGCCGCCCGCCGCCGCCUCCGCCGCCCCGGGGCUCUGCGUCCCCGCGCCGGGCGCGGGCAGCUGGGCGCUCGGCGUCGCCAGGCCCGGCGCGGAGCAGGCGGCGCGCGGCGCUAGGGGCGCGGGGCCGAGGCGGGCGCGGCAGCGGGCGCCGCCUCAGCCAUGAGCGGGAGCAGCGGCAGCGGCGCCGCCGCCCCCGCUGCGUCCUCCGGCCCCGCCGCGGUAGCCAGCGCGGCGGGCUCAGGCUGCGGGGGCGGCGCCGGCGAGGGGGCUGAGGAAGCGGCCAAGGACCUGGCCGACAUCGCGGCCUUCUUCCGAUCCGGGUUUCGAAAAAACGAUGAAAUGAAAGCUAUGGAUGUUUUGCCAAUUCUGAAGGAAAAAGUAGCAUACCUUUCAGGUGGCAGAGAUAAGCGUGGGGGUCCCAUUUUAACAUUUCCAGCCCGCAGCAAUCAUGACAGAAUACGACAAGAGGAUCUUAGAAGACUCAUUUCAUAUCUAGCCUGCAUUCCUAGUGAGGAGGUGUGCAAGCGAGGCUUCACAGUGAUCGUGGACAUGCGUGGGUCCAAGUGGGACUCCAUCAAGCCCCUGCUGAAGAUCCUGCAGGAGUCCUUUCCUUGCUGCAUCCACAUUGCCCUAAUCAUCAAGCCAGACAACUUCUGGCAGAAGCAGAGGACGAAUUUUGGCAGCUCAAAGUUUGAAUUUGAGACAAAUAUGGUCUCUUUAGAAGGCCUUACCAAAGUAGUUGAUCCUUCUCAGCUAACUCCCGAGUUCGAUGGCUGCCUGGAAUACAACCAUGAAGAAUGGAUUGAAAUCAGAGUUGCUUUUGAAGACUACAUUAGCAAUGCAACUCACAUGCUGUCUCGACUGGAGGAACUUCAGGACAUCCUUGCUAAGAAGGAGCUGCCUCAGGACCUAGAGGGGGCUCGGAACAUGAUCGAGGAGCAUUCCCAGCUCAAGAAGAAGGUAAUCAAGGCCCCCAUAGAGGACUUGGAUUUGGAGGGACAGAAGCUGCUUCAGAGGAUUCAGAGCAGCGAUAGCUUUCCCAAAAAGAAUUCAGGAUCAGGCAACGCGGAUCUUCAGAACCUCUUGCCCAAGGUGUCCACUAUGCUGGACAGGUUGCACUCGACCCGGCAACACCUGCACCAGAUGUGGCACGUGAGGAAACUGAAGUUGGAUCAGUGUUUCCAGCUGCGGCUGUUUGAGCAGGAUGCUGAGAAGAUGUUUGACUGGAUCACACACAACAAAGGCCUGUUUCUAAACAGCUACACGGAGAUUGGGACCAGCCACCCCCACGCCAUGGAGCUUCAGACGCAGCACAAUCACUUUGCUAUGAACUGUAUGAACGUGUAUGUAAAUAUAAACCGCAUCAUGUCAGUGGCCAAUCGCUUGGUUGAAUCUGGGCACUAUGCCUCUCAGCAGAUUAAACAGAUUGCAAAUCAGCUGGAGCAAGAAUGGAAGGCAUUCGCAGCAGCCCUGGACGAGCGUAGCACCUUGCUGGACAUGUCCUCCAUUUUCCACCAGAAGGCCGAAAAGUACAUGAGCAAUGUGGACUCCUGGUGCAAAGCCUGCGGUGAAGUGGACCUUCCCUCUGAGCUACAGGAUCUGGAAGAUGCCAUUCAUCACCACCAAGGGAUUUAUGAGCACAUCACUCUUGCUUACUCUGAGGUGAGCCAAGAUGGGAAGUCACUCCUUGACAAGCUCCAGCGACCCUUGACUCCUGGCAGCUCCGAUUCCCUUACAGCCUCUGCCAACUACUCUAAGGCCGUGCACCACGUCCUGGACGUCAUCCACGAGGUGCUGCACCACCAGCGGCAGCUGGAGAAUAUCUGGCAGCACCGCAAAGUCCGACUCCAUCAGAGGCUGCAGCUGUGUGUUUUCCAGCAGGACGUUCAGCAGGUGCUGGAUUGGAUUGAGAACCAUGGAGAAGCAUUUCUAAGCAAACACACAGGUGUGGGAAAGUCUCUGCAUCGGGCGAGAGCUUUGCAGAAACGCCAUGAAGACUUCGAAGAAGUAGCACAGAACACAUACACCAAUGCAGAUAAGUUGCUAGAAGCAGCAGAACAGCUGGCUCAGACUGGGGAAUGUGACCCGGAAGAGAUUUAUCAGGCUGCCCAUCAGCUUGAAGACCGGAUACAAGAUUUUGUGCGGCGUGUUGAGCAGCGAAAGAUCCUGCUGGACAUGUCGGUGUCCUUUCACACCCAUGUGAAAGAGCUGUGGACAUGGCUGGAGGAGCUGCAGAAGGAGCUGCUGGACGACGUGUACGCCGAGUCGGUGGAGGCCGUGCAGGAUCUCAUCAAGCGCUUCGGCCAGCAGCAGCAGACCACGCUGCAGGUGACCGUCAACGUGAUCAAGGAAGGGGAGGACCUCAUCCAGCAGCUGAGGGACUCUGCCAUCUCCAGUAACAAGACCCCUCAUAACAGCUCCAUCAACCACAUCGAGACGGUGCUGCAGCAGCUGGACGAGGCCCAGUCGCAGAUGGAGGAGCUGUUCCAGGAGCGCAAGAUCAAGCUGGAGCUCUUCCUGCAGCUGCGCAUAUUCGAGAGGGAUGCCAUCGAUAUCAUCUCAGAUCUCGAGUCUUGGAACGAUGAACUCUCUCAGCAAAUGAAUGACUUCGACACAGAAGACCUCACCAUUGCGGAACAGCGCCUCCAGCACCAUGCAGACAAAGCCCUGACCAUGAAUAACCUGACUUUCGAUGUCAUUCACCAAGGGCAAGACCUCUUGCAGUAUGUCAAUGAAGUCCAGGCCUCUGGUGUGGAACUGCUUUGUGAUAGGGAUGUGGAUAUGGCCACUCGAGUCCAAGACCUGUUGGAGUUCCUUCACGAAAAGCAACAGGAGCUGGACUUAGCAGCAGAGCAGCAUCGGAAGCACCUGGAGCAGUGCGUGCAGCUGCGCCACCUGCAGGCAGAAGUGAAACAGGUGCUUGGUUGGAUCCGUAAUGGGGAGUCCAUGCUAAAUGCUGGGCUCAUCACCGCCAGUUCACUGCAGGAGGCAGAGCAGCUGCAGAGAGAGCAUGAGCAGUUCCAGCAUGCCAUUGAGAAAACACACCAGAGUGCGCUGCAGGUGCAGCAGAAGGCUGAGGCCAUGCUGCAGGCCAACCACUACGACAUGGACAUGAUCCGUGACUGUGCCGAGAAAGUGGCCUCACACUGGCAGCAGCUCAUGCUAAAGAUGGAAGACCGCCUCAAGCUCGUCAACGCUUCCGUCGCCUUCUACAAGACUUCAGAGCAGGUCUGUAGUGUUCUUGAGAGCCUGGAGCAGGAGUACAAAAGAGAAGAAGACUGGUGUGGCGGAGCCGACAAGCUGGGCCCCAACUCUGAGACAGACCACGUCACCCCGAUGAUCAGCAAGCACCUUGAGCAGAAGGAAGCGUUUCUGAAGGCAUGCACGCUCGCCCGGAGAAACGCGGACGUCUUCCUCAAGUACCUGCACAGGAAUAGUGUGAACGUGCCGGGCAUGGUGACGCACAUCAAAGCGCCCGAGCAGCAGGUGAAAAAUAUCUUGAAUGAGCUCUUCCAGCGGGAGAACAGGGUACUACACUACUGGACCAUGAGGAAGAGGCGGCUGGACCAGUGCCAGCAGUAUGUGGUCUUUGAGCGAAGUGCCAAGCAGGCUUUAGAAUGGAUCCAUGACAACGGGGAGUUCUACCUUUCCACACAUACCUCUACAGGGUCCAGCAUACAGCACACCCAAGAGCUGCUCAAAGAACACGAGGAGUUUCAGAUCACGGCAAAGCAAACCAAAGAGAGAGUGAAGCUAUUGAUACAGCUGGCUGAUGGCUUUUGUGAAAAAGGACAUGCCCAUGCAGCAGAGAUUAAAAAAUGUGUCACUGCAGUGGAUAAGAGGUACAGAGAUUUCUCUCUGCGGAUGGAGAAGUACAGGACCUCUUUGGAGAAAGCCCUGGGGAUUUCUUCAGAUUCCAACAAAUCGAGUAAAAGUCUUCAGCUUGAUAUCAUCCCGGCCAGUAUCCCCGGGUCAGAGGUGAAGCUUCGUGAUGCUGCUCAUGAACUCAAUGAAGAGAAGCGGAAGUCUGCCCGCAGGAAAGAGUUCAUAAUGGCCGAGCUGAUUCAGACUGAAAAGGCUUAUGUAAGAGACCUCCGGGAGUGUAUGGAUACCUACUUGUGGGAAAUGACCAGUGGCGUAGAGGAGAUCCCACCUGGCAUUGUAAACAAAGAACUCAUUAUCUUCGGAAACAUGCAGGAAAUCUAUGAGUUCCAUAAUAACAUCUUCCUAAAGGAGCUGGAAAAAUAUGAACAGUUGCCAGAGGAUGUUGGACAUUGCUUUGUCACCUGGGCAGACAAGUUCCAGAUGUAUGUCACAUACUGUAAAAACAAGCCUGAUUCUACUCAGCUGAUACUGGAACAUGCAGGGUCCUAUUUUGAUGAGAUACAACAGCGGCAUGGUUUAGCCAAUUCCAUCUCUUCCUACCUUAUUAAACCAGUUCAGCGAAUAACGAAGUACCAACUCCUUUUAAAAGAGCUGCUCACGUGCUGCGAGGAAGGGAAGGGGGAGAUUAAAGAUGGCCUGGAGGUGAUGCUCAGUGUGCCAAAGCGAGCCAAUGACGCCAUGCACCUCAGCAUGCUGGAAGGUUUUGACGAAAACAUUGAAUCUCAGGGGGAGCUCAUCCUGCAAGAGUCCUUCCAAGUGUGGGACCCCAAAACUUUAAUUCGAAAGGGUCGAGAACGGCAUCUCUUCCUUUUUGAAAUGUCCUUAGUAUUUAGUAAAGAAGUAAAAGAUUCCAGUGGGAGAAGCAAGUACCUUUACAAAAGCAAAUUGUUUACCUCAGAGUUGGGUGUCACAGAACAUGUUGAAGGAGAUCCUUGCAAAUUUGCACUAUGGGUGGGGAGAACACCAACCUCAGAUAAUAAAAUUGUCCUUAAGGCUUCCAGUAUCGAAAACAAGCAGGACUGGAUCAAGCACAUCCGCGAGGUGAUCCAGGAAAGGACAAUCCACCUGAAAGGAGCCCUCAAGGAGCCCAUUCACAUCCCCAAAACAGCGCCAACAGCCAGGCAGAAGGGCAGGAGGGAUGGAGAGGACCUGGACAGCCAGGGGGAUGGCAGCAGCCAGCCUGACACCAUUUCCAUCGCCUCCCGGACGUCUCAGAACACACUGGACAGUGACAAGCUCUCUGGUGGCUGUGAGCUGACGGUAGUGAUCCACGACUUCACAGCAUGCAACAGUAACGAGCUGACCAUCCGGCGUGGACAGACAGUGGAAGUCUUGGAGCGGCCUCAUGACAAGCCCGACUGGUGCUUGGUGCGCACCACUGACCGGUCCCCUGCAGCAGAAGGCCUGGUCCCCUGCGGCUCUCUGUGUAUCGCUCAUUCCCGAAGCAGCAUGGAGAUGGAGGGCAUCUUCAACCACAAAGACUCGCUGUCUGUUUCCAGUAAUGAUGCCAGUCCCCCUGCCUCCGUCGCCUCCCUGCAGCCCCACAUGAUCGGGGCCCAGAGCUCCCCUGGCCCCAAGCGGCCAGGCAACACCCUGCGCAAGUGGCUCACCAGCCCUGUGCGGCGGCUCAGCAGCGGCAAGGCCGACGGGCACGUGAAGAAGCUGGCCCACAAGCACAAGAAGAGCAGGGAGGUGCGCAAGAGCACCGACGCAGGCUCCCAGAAGGACUCGGACGACAGCGCUGCCACCCCGCAGGACGAGACCGUCGAGGAGAGAGGCCGGAAUGAGGGCUUGAGCAGUGGCACACUGUCUAAAUCCUCUUCCUCGGGGAUGCAGAGCUGUGGAGAAGAGGAAGGGGAGGAGGGCGCCGAUGCCGUGCCGCUGCCCCCACCCAUGGCCAUCCAGCAACACAGCCUCCUUCAGCCGGAUUCACAGGAUGACAAGGCCUCCUCUCGGUUACUUGUCCGCCCCACCAGCUCCGAAACACCAAGUGCUGCUGAACUUGUGAGUGCCAUCGAGGAGCUCGUGAAAAGCAAGAUGGCUCUAGAGGAUCGUCCCAGCUCUCUCCUUGUCGACCAGGGAGACAGUAGCAGCCCAUCCUUCAACCCGUCAGACAAUUCCCUUCUCUCUUCCUCCUCGCCCAUUGAUGAGAUGGAAGAAAGGAAAUCCAGCUCCUUAAAGAGACGGCACUACGUUUUGCAAGAAUUAGUGGAAACAGAGCGUGACUAUGUACGGGACCUUGGCUGUGUAGUUGAGGGCUACAUGGCGCUUAUGAAGGAAGAUGGUGUUCCCGAUGACAUGAAGGGAAAAGACAAGAUUGUGUUUGGCAACAUUCAUCAGAUUUAUGACUGGCACAGAGACUUUUUUUUAGGAGAGUUAGAGAAGUGCCUUGAAGAUCCAGAAAAACUAGGCUCCCUGUUUGUUAAACAUGAGAGAAGGUUGCACAUGUACAUAGUGUAUUGUCAAAAUAAACCAAAGUCGGAGCACAUCGUCUCAGAAUACAUUGACACCUUCUUUGAGGACUUAAAGCAGCGCCUUGGCCACAGGUUGCAGCUCACAGAUCUUUUGAUCAAACCCGUGCAGAGAAUUAUGAAAUACCAGCUGCUGCUGAAGGACUUCCUGAAGUACUCCAAGAAAGCCAGCCUGGACACGUCAGAGCUAGAGAAAGCCGUGGAGGUCAUGUGCAUAGUCCCGAAGCGCUGCAACGACAUGAUGAACGUGGGCCGGUUGCAAGGAUUCGAUGGUAAAAUUGUUGCCCAGGGUAAACUGCUAUUGCAGGACACAUUCUUGGUCACAGACCAAGAUGCAGGACUUUUGCCUCGCUGCAGAGAGAGGCGCGUUUUCCUCUUUGAGCAGAUCGUCAUAUUCAGUGAACCACUUGAUAAAAAAAAGGGCUUUUCCAUGCCAGGAUUCCUGUUUAAAAACAGCAUCAAGGUGAGUUGCCUCUGCCUGGAGGAAAAUGUGGAAAACGAUCCCUGUAAAUUUGCCCUGACAUCAAGGACAGGUGAUAUGGUGGAGACUUUCAUUUUGCAUUCAUCCAGUCCAAGUGUCCGGCAAACAUGGAUCCAUGAAAUCAACCAAAUCUUAGAAAACCAACGCAACUUUUUAAAUGCCUUGACAUCACCCAUCGAGUACCAGAGGAACCACAGCGGGGGCGGCGGCAGUGGCAGCGGGGCCAGCGGCAGCGGGGGCGGGGGCAGCGGCGGCGGCGGGGCCUCCAGUGGUGGUGGCGGCAGCCACGGAAGUGGCCCUAGCAGCUGUAGCAGUGUCCCCAGCUCGAGCAGGAGCAGGCCCUCCCGGAUUCCACAGCCUGUCAGACACCACCCCCCCAUGCUGGUCUCCUCUGCAGCCUCCAGCCAGGCAGAGGCAGACAAGAUGUCAGGUAUGUCCGCUCCCAGCCCCUCACUGCCUCCCCGCAGCAGCAGCCUGGUCCCCGAGGCUGGCCCUGGCCAGCCCAGCAAGCUCCCCCCGAGCGGAGACUCCGAAGGCCCUGAGCGGGAAGCAGAGCCCAUCCCCAAGAUGAAGGUGAUGGAGAGCCCCAGGAAGGCCACCGGCAAUGCUUCUGGUGCGAGCCAAGAAGGAACCGCCAAGGACGCCCGGGGGAGCCUGGGCCCGCUGACCCUAGGCAAGCCCAGGCCCGGGGCCGUCUCGCCUCUGAACUCUCCUCUCUCUGCCGCGUUCCCUUCUUUCGGCAAGGAGCCCUUUCCCCCCAGCAGCCCCCUACAAAAGGGGGGCUCCUUCUGGAGCUCCAUCCCCAGCUCCCCCGCCAGCCGGCCCGGCUCCUUCACCUUCCCGGGGGACAGUGACUCCCUCCAGCGGCAGACACACCGCCAUGCAGCCCCCAGCAAGGACACGGACCGCAUGAGCACCUGCUCCUCGGCCAGCGAGCAGUCCGUGCAGUCCACCCAGAGCAAUGGGAGUGAAAGUAGCAGCAGUAGCAACAUCUCCACCAUGUUGGUGACACACGAUUACACGGCAGUGAAGGAGGAUGAGAUAAACGUUUAUCAAGGAGAGGUCGUUCAAAUUCUGGCCAGCAACCAGCAGAACAUGUUUCUGGUGUUCCGAGCCGCCACUGACCAGUGUCCCGCAGCCGAGGGCUGGAUUCCAGGCUUCGUCCUGGGCCAUACCAGUGCAGUCCUCAUGGAGAACCCCGACGGGACUCUCAAGAAGUCAACGUCUUGGCACACAGCACUCCGCUUAAGGAAAAAAUCUGAGAAAAAAGAUAAAGACGGCAAAAGGGAAGGCAAGUUAGAGAAUGGUUAUCGGAAAUCUCGGGAAGGACUCAGCAACAAGGUAUCUGUGAAGCUUCUCAACCCCAACUACAUUUAUGACGUUCCCCCAGAGUUCGUCAUCCCGCUGAGUGAGGUCACGUGUGAGACAGGGGAGACCGUUGUUCUUAGAUGUCGUGUCUGUGGCCGGCCCAAGGCCUCGAUCACCUGGAAGGGCCCUGAACACAACACCUUGAACAAUGACGGCCACUACAGCAUCUCCUACAGUGACUUGGGGGAGGCCACUCUGAAGAUCAUCGGCGUGACCACAGAAGACGACGGCAUCUACACGUGCAUCGCUGUGAAUGACAUGGGGUCAGCGUCCUCGGCUGCCAGCCUGAGGGUUCUAGGGGCCUCUGGCAGCUGCUGGGGGCCGCUCAGGGGAAUUGCUGCCCUCUUGGCAGGUCCAGGGAGUGACGGGAUCGUGGUGGCCUGGAAGGACAACUUUGACGCCUUCUACAGCGAAGUGGCUGAGCUGGGCAGGGGGAGAUUUGCUGUUGUUAAGAAAUGUGAUCAGAAAGGAACCAAGCGAGCAGUGGCCACCAAGUUUGUGAACAAGAAACUGAUGAAGCGUGACCAGGUCACCCAUGAGCUCGGCAUCCUGCAGAACCUCCAGCACCCACUCCUUGUUGGCCUCCUUGACACCUUCGAGACCCCCACCAGCUACGUCCUCGUUUUGGAAAUGGCUGACCAGGGUCGCCUCCUGGACUGCGUGGUACGAUGGGGAAGCCUCACCGAAGGGAAGAUCAGAGCGCACCUGGGGGAGGUUCUGGAAGCCGUCCGAUACCUUCACAACUGCAGGAUAGCACACCUGGACCUAAAGCCUGAGAAUAUACUGGUGGAUCAGAGUUCGGCCAAGCCAACGAUCAAGCUGACUGACUUUGGAGAUGCUGUCCAACUCAACACGACCUACUACAUCCACCAGCUGCUGGGGAACCCUGAGUUUGCAGCCCCCGAAAUCAUCCUCGGGAACCCUGUCUCCCUGACCUCGGACACGUGGAGUGUUGGAGUGCUCACGUAUGUGCUUCUCAGCGGCGUGUCCCCCUUCCUGGACGACAGCGUGGAAGAGACCUGCCUGAACAUUUGCCGACUAGACUUUAGCUUCCCAGAGGACUACUUUAAAGGAGUGAGCCAGAAGGCCAAGGAGUUUGUGUGCUUCCUUCUGCAGGAGGACCCCGCCAAGCGUCCCUCGGCUGCGCUGGCCCUCCAGGAGCAGUGGCUGCAGGCGGGCAACAGCAACAGCAAGGGCUCGGGCGUCCUCGACACAUCCAGACUGACCUCCUUCAUUGAGCGGCGCAAACACCAGAAUGAUGUUCGACCUAUUCGGAGCAUUAAAAACUUCUUACAGAGCAGGCUUCUGCCUAGAGUUUGACCUGUCUUGAAGUUCUCUCUCAUUCUCUUUCACCUGCCAAUCAGCUGUUAAACUGAAUUUUGAAGAGGAAAAGAAAGCAAACCUAACUGACCCGCUGCCAAUCCGUUCAUCGUGUGAAGUUGCGUUCCAAGCGAGCUGUGCUUCGCAACGCUUGGGCUCGGAGCUGCGAGCUGCGCUGGGGUGGAGGACCUUCGUUACGCUCUGCCGAGGCAGAGAUUGCGUUGCUGUAUCACAGUAUUUUAUUCAGGUUUCUGCAAAAAAAAAAAAAAACAUAAAAAGAUACUUUUUUAAAUGAACAUGAAUAGAAUUUUGCAAAUUUAACAUUUUCAAGAUUUAUUCAAGGAAACAAAAUGCCUAUGUUCAACCACUGGUGUUAAUGAACAAAACAAAGAUACUGUGCAUCUCUGGGGAAGACUCACCCAGGGGACGUCCACUCCCGCAGCCUCGGCGAGCACCCCAGGUCCACCUGGCACUGAGCUUUUCCAGCCGCCAUGUCUGCGCACGUCUCCCAGGGCAGCAGACUUGGCUUCUGUAACGCGUGUUCAACCUCAAACCUUUGCCUAAAACAGGAUGAACCAUUUUGCUCUGAUGAAAUGUAGGCCUUACUUGUAUAUAAGACUGUUCCUGCCUUCGGUCUGUCACCCCUGCCUACCCUCCCCUCCCACCUGCUGCCCCAGCCCUGCCCCACGCUGUCACUCAGAUUGUUGAGCAGAAUACAGUCAGAUGAAAAUACUGUAAAUGCACUCAUUGGGGUUUUUUUGGUUUUAUUUCAUAUCAUGUGCAAUGUUGUGGCUUUAACAUUUUAUGCAACUAUUUAUGAAGACCUCUGUUGUACCUGUAAUAAAUAUAUAGAAAAAGCACAUACUUCGUACAGUGAGCUUUAUGGUUUUGUGUGUGUGUGUGUGUCGGGGGGAGGUUGUUGUAGCCCUUUGCCGUCCGUGCAAGGAGUCUUAACUCUUCGUGAAAUGUGUCAGUUUUGAGGACUGUAAAAAGUGAUUUCAUACUCUGAAUAUAAAACUGGAUAAUAGGGUAAUGUUUUAAAAUUAUUAUGCUAUUAUUCAGAAUGCCAAAGUAUUAUUUUUUCUCCCAAAAUCAGUCCGGACAUUUACUACUUUUUAAACUUUUUGACAUUCAACUUUCUGUAUAAAAAUUGGCUGGAUUUUGAGCUUUUGGUAAGAAAUUAAGGCCAAUUAAGCACUGGCCACCCCAAGGCUGGUACCCAGUGCCCAGGUCACUGUGGCAGAGUUGGCACUGGUGUGGGGCGGUCUUUCAACAAAAGAGGCUGGGCUUUGGGCUCGCUUGAAUUUUUCUGGAUGUCUUUUUAUCUUUAUUGUGUGUAAUACACUAAAAAAGAGACCAGCCUGCUUCCCAAGCCAGCCCGCAUCUGGGUCUUGAGCCAUAAACUGGCAUAGUUAAGCUUUGCAGCUUCCAGUGUAUUUUAUUUAUUUUUUUGUUGGGAUUUUGUUUCUUGUAAAAUUGUACAGAAACUUUUUAAAAGAAAUUGGAUUCAGAACUGGAUGUGUAUCCGUAACCUCAUGACUUUUAUUUGUGUAUUAUUUCUUUUAUUAUUUCAGUUAAAAUUUUUACAUGAUUUUGCAUGUAUAUUUCUUUGUACAGAAACCUUACAUGUUUACACAGUAUGAUGUGAUGUAAAUAUUUUAUUUUGCCAUCAGUUAUUUUAAACAAUUAAACAUAUUUGCCUGA